CAGCUGUCACCAAAAAGGACGUCGUGUUCCUGCGAGGCCUAUACAGUCCUUGCCAAAGAUAUAGACGGGCCGUGCCCAUGCAAAACAAUCAGCAGUGGAACGAAACAGGCGGGCAGCGCUGGAACCGCGGCGGGGAAGAGCACCUCCAGUUCGAAGAGGAGGAGGCUCUGCUCAGCGGCUGGCACGAACUCAUCAUCUGGCUCAUCGACUUCUUGCUCGCCGAACCGAGAGACGCGACUUUCCUCAGGAAAUUUCAAGGUGGGCUUGACAUGAUCGAAAGCCUGGAUUUGUACUUGCAGCACGAGCCCCACCUGUUUCUCGUCAGCCUGAUCUGCGUGGUGUACGCAGUCCUGGGGUUCAUGGGCAGCGUGGCCUACGUGUUGGCACGGCGGUCGGACUACUGCGGAGGGGACCUCACGCAGGACCUCAACCAGAACAUGCGUUGCAUCCUGCAGGUCUACACACUCGUCUUCAUCAUGGUGCUCGCCGCCAUACUGUGA